CCUAUUCAGACACCAUAUCGCAUCGUGAUCUCCGACAUUUCAGCACCAUCGCCGUAGGACAUUUCAUAUUGAACCCCGACCGCCAAUAACGACAUUUCCAAUAAGGCCAAUAGUACCAUUCAUCUUCAAAAAUAAGGAGCCAUGUCUGAACGAAAAGUUCUCACCAAGUACUACCCGCCGGACUUCGAUCCGAGCCAGAUCAAGAGGGUGAAGGGCCCCAAAAACGCCGGUCCAAAAGUUCAGACUGUCCGUCUUGCGGCACCAUUUUCGAUGAAAUGCACAACAUGCGGAGAAUACAUCUACAAGGGUAGAAGGUUCAACGCACGAAAAGAAACCCCCCUAGACGAGAAAUACUUGGGAAUCCAGAUAUUCAGAUUCUACAUCCGAUGUACAAGAUGUAGCGGCCAAAUCACAUUCAAGACCGACCCUAAGAACCAAGACUACACCUGCGAAAGCGGCGCGAAACGCAGCACAGAGCCCUGGCGCGUCGGCGUCGACGAGACCGACGAAGAACGUCUCGACCGGUUAGAGAAAGAGGAGGAAGAACGCAACGCGAUGGUGGAGCUCGAAGCCAAGACCGUGGAUGCGAAGCGCGAAAUGGCGGUCGCAGAUGCGCUCGAUGAGAUACGGACCCGAAACGCGAGGAUGGAACGCGCAAAUCAGGAAGGCGUGGAGGUAGGCGUUGCUUUACCGACUGAUAACGAAGCCGAGCGACAGGAGAGAGAAGAUGCGGAGGCUGCGAGGAAGGCAUUCGAGUUCGCACGGCAGGUUGAUAAGAUGACGGAGGAGGUGCUAGAUGAUGGGUUUGAUGAUGGGGCGUCUGCUUCGACGUCGGGUUCGGUAUCGGCGCUGACGCCGCAGGCUAAUGGGAGUGGGAGUGGCAGCGGUACUGCACCGCCCAAGCCGCAAUCUGCAACUGCAUCACCGGCACCGGCACCGGCACCAGCACCAGCACCAGCACCAGCACCCAGUACGGCAUCGACGGAUAUGCCGCCACCGUCGUUUAAGAGGGUGGUCAAGAAAAAGAAAGAUCACGCGGCGCUGCUAGGCAUCAAGAAAAAGCCUUCUCUUGUAUAAGCCACCCAACACUCCAGUAAUUUAGCAUCAUCGCGAGGAGUCAUAGCAUAGCAUGGGUUUAGGUUGGCGUACGGAAUGACUCAUCGAUCGAUUAAUAGCGUAGCAAAGUGACACAUUUUAUAAAUUGUGAAGAGAAUGAUACCUUCAUGAUGUCGCAGUAUAAUUAAGUUAUUACAAAAAUCGAAAUUUUGAGACAACAAAUAAAAAGAUAAAUGUUACACGUAAAAUUCGAGACCCUGCCGAUGACGUCGCGCAGGCA